GAUCUCUCUAUUGGAUUUUGUACUUUGGACACCAAGAAUCCUUCACAUAUUUGCAGACGACUGAGAGGAACACAGCAGUUUGUGCAGACUGUAGAUUCACCAUGUUCCAUCCACAGAAUAUUGUUGCCUUCAUAAUACUCUUUGUCUCCAUUUGUCAAGCUGAAGCUGGUGGUCAACGAGCAACAUCAGAUACAUCUAAGGUCACUUUACAGCCGUGGCUGGUGGGACUGGCAGCUGUUAUUGGUUUCCUCUUUCUCGUCUUCGUCCUCCUCAUUGUGCAAAGACUCUUUUUCAAGAAAGACAAAGAUGAGUUAGAGGAAAAAGAGGAAAAAGAGGAAAAGCAUGAAUUUUACGACAACAAAGCGGCUGAUUUGGAGGCAAACGAGGAGACCAAGCAGACCAAUUUCUGAGAAGAACCGAUGAACACAGUCCUGCGGCACAAAAUUAUUUCACUCUCUGGAAAUUAUGCCACUGUGAAGAAUAAUUCUUAAUUAGAUAUCAUCUUAUGUAAUAUAUUAUAUAUCAAUAUCAUUUUAACUUAUACAUUUUGGUCUGCGUUUUGUUUUUACGUCUUCGUAAGAGUUGUUCCUUAUAUCAUCCACUAGAUGGAGCAGCCUUCACUUAGUCACAGCUUAAACCUAAAGUUAAAAUAAAAAAGGUUAAAAUAAAGUGGUGCUCUCAAAUCUUUUUUUUUUUUUUUUUCCCAAUGUAAGUUUUAAUGCUUUGGUGUAACUGUAACUGAAAUACCUAAAUUUGAAACAUUCAUUAGGGUAGUGAGACCACUGGAAUAGAAGAGCACAUGCUCGGUGUGUCACAUCAUGCACAUAAUGCUCUGAUUAACUGGCUUUUGACUCGUAUGACAGUUCUGGGUUGGGCAUGUAUAUAUGCUAAAUGGACAAGGGUAUGAGAUCCAUUACUCAUUUUGAGUGGCAGUUUGGACAUGUUAAAUGCUUGCAGUGAAAUGACGUAACACAGUUUUGCUUUUGGAACCAUUUGCUCGUCCUGUGGGAUUGUAUGAUGAAAAUAUCAUUUGCAGAAAUAAUGGCCAGGUGUUCAAUUGUGUUAAUGGUGGGGACCAUUAUACUUGUGUUAAAAGUAGACUUUGGUUAGAUGUCACCUAAAUGAACAAUCUGUGAUUAGUAAAACUUGUUGAGCUGUUAGUGAUGAUACAAUAAAUUACUUAAAAUAAUGUAUGCUUUUUAUAUUGAUAUGGUGAAAAAAAUCUAAUAAAGCUAAUCUUCAAGUUAAAGGGGAACUCUUGCAGUCUUAUUUAAUGUGAACUACUGGUAUUUCAUAACAUUUUAAUUAACAUUUAGCUCUAAUUAGGCAGCUGAUACUGUUGUCCUGGUCGUACUUCUCAAGGUUUCUCAUACAUGGGAAACAGUUUAUCUGAAACAGUGCUGAGUGACAGUAACUAAGCUUACAGCCAGCAGCAAUAAGUGAAGCAUAAAACCAGAAUGAGAAAGAAAGAGAGACUUCAAUUCAGUCUCCUCUUUAAAGUCUCAUUCUCAUUUCACUGCUGCCUUGAAAUUUUUAUUCCGUUGUUUUUAUUCUGGCUCCUUGAGCGACGUCAUCUUUGCUCCACGCAUUACUUGGGAGCCGGUGACAGAUGAAUUAUUCUUUCUUUUCUAGUAUUCAUUACUGUAAAGUUAAAUGACAAAACCUCAGAUAAAAACAUUCUGAAAGCCAAAGGGUAAGAGAUACUAAUGAAAUGUCCAGCAGUGAAUCAGUUGAGCUCUGCAGAUCUGCUUUCAGUCUGUUUCUUUUUUUCUUGAAUCAAUAAACCUAAUUCAAUAUACAAUACCAUUCAAGGGAUUUUCAGCAUCAUUACUCCAGUCUUCAGUGUCACAUGAUCCUUCAGAAUCAUUCUAAUAUGUUGAUAUGCUGCUCAAGAAACAUUUAUUAUUAUCAAUUCUGAAAACAGUUGUGCUGCUUAAUAUUUUUGUGUAAACCGUGAUGCAUUUUUUUUUCACAAUUCUUUCAUGAAUUAAACCUUCAAAAAAACAAAAAAACAAAAACAAUGUAACAAUGUAAAAGUCUUUAUUGACACUUUUAAUAAAAAUAAUUAACAAAAAAUGCCUUCUUUUUGUAAAGAAAAGAAUACAAUAUUGCAUUAACUUCAACUAAAGCUAAAGUUAAGAAGCUAUAGUUAACGUUUAAUUGUUCUUCCCACAUUAAAGGCACACUAUAUUUUUCGCCUCUAGAGGUCGCCUAUUCAAAACAAAGGCGUAGCUUGUUGACGCCGAGAUUCAGCGCGUUUUUAUGGGAGAUCUUCACCUCACAGCCAGUGUAAAAGAAUAGGAACAGAAAUCAUGUUCAUGGAUGAGAUUAUUAAAAAUACUAUAGUAUGAAGCAGAGCAGGGCCGAGUGCUGUGGGAGCACAACGAGGCCGCUGAAGCGAUUUCUAAUGAGAGAUAAGCGUGACACACGGCUCGAGAGCAGUGGAGCUUUUAUUAUGCCGCAGUCGCUGCUUUCACUUCUUCCGGUCAAACGUAUGUGGGGUAAUGCAGCGCUGUUUUAUCAUAUUAGAUACAUUUGAGUGUGUUGAAAAUGAUGUUAUAACAUUAACGUUACUCUGCGUUCGCUCGGCGGCUGCUAUAAAACACUUGUUGCACACUGGAGUAAGAUAUAUAUCGAUAUUAGUCAUUAUAAAACAUGGUAACGUUACUCGUGGUAAAUCAAGAAAAUUAGAUUAAAACAAUAAGAAUGAUUGAUAACAAUGAUUAGUUUUCUGUCUAUAAAUGUAUCCAAACAGUUGUUCCCUUGUCUAAUAAAAAACAUAAUAUAGUAGUCAACAUUUGAAGUGGAUCAAAAAAGUUAAUAAAAGUUGUCCUAAGAAGAAGGUUUUGAUCCACUUCAAAUGUUGAUUACUGUAUAUUAAAGCGUCUUUGGUGUUUCCAUGGUUUCUACAAAAUAAAACCGGAAAUUGAGGGUAAUGCAGGUAUGAUGUCAUUGAUAGGCGACGCACGGACAUGGUCUGUGUCCUGGUUAAAAUUCCUUAUUUCUUUGGGUUUAAACAUUCUUGGAAACAUCUGGGAUAAUGUAAGUACAAAAAAGUCAAAAAAAUAUAUAACCCUGUUCUAGUGGUUUUUGGAUAUUUUAAUCCAAAAAUCUUACAUAUUGAGCUUUUAAAGUGGAAAAUUAAAAUGUAUAUGACUCUGUACAUCAAUGAUUAUUUUAAUCACAUUUUGUACAAAUGUAAUUAUUGCUCACAAACAGAGCAUGGUGCAAGCAACACCAAAGUCAUGGGUUCGAUUCCCAUGGAAUGCAUGAACUGAUAAAAUAAACUAUAUAGUGUGAAUGAAAUGUAUGUUUCUUUCGAUAAAAAUGUAAUAUACAAUGUACAAAACUCUGAACAUACACUUGUGCCUGUGAGAAGAGGGGGUCACGUUCAUACACGCAGCUCUCGCUCCCAGAAGUCUCUGUAUGGCGGAGUGACCUGAUUGUGAUCGUAUUGCAGAGAGGGGAGUCCUCAGGGAGUUGCAGUCCUUUGUUAAGACAUCUGGAGCCCAUUACUGCCGCAUGCUUUUACAAGGCCUUCACAUCACGUACUGUAAAUCGAGAUAUUAAAUUCAUAAGCACAGCUAGAGAGAAACCGAGAGAAAUCACUUUGAACCUGCGAGUCUAAAUAGAUAUAAUCAAAACAACCACAAUUCCACCUUCUGCAACCCUCAAUGUGCAGAAGAAUGAAUAGACCACCCUCAGCCUGUACAUGUAAUAUCAAUGCAUGUUAUAAGCCCAAAUACCAUUUAAACCCACUUUUUGUUUUAUUUUUUAAAAUAAAAAAGACAGUAUGAGAGACAUUAUUUGUUUUACAGCAACAGCACAUUUGUUACUGUUAAUUUACUUUUUAUUUGGAGUCGACUGAAUAUUUAAUUAUUGAGUUUUUGGAGAUCAUGUGUUGCUACUGUCUGAGAGUCACAUCCAAACUUUGCUGUUUGAGCCCUGCGAAGAUUGAUAAGAAAUUUAAAAUGAAGAUAUUAAUAAUUCAUAUGUUACCAGACAUGAUUUAUUUUCAUGGUAUUUAAAAGCAAUAUUCUCUAAUUGAAAAGGAUUUAAUGAGUAUGUGGACUUAUGCUGGAGCGAUGCUCACAUUGAUAGAUGCAGUAGAACAACAUAAAAGUAUAAACACUGUAGAUAACCAUAUUAAAUGAAAACAUUUUAGAAAAUUAUUGAGCCAAAAAAAAAAUUAUAAUCUAUAUACAUAUAACCUUUUAGUGGGCUUAUAAGGAACAGCUUCUUUGAACCCUAUUUUUCCUAAUAAUCCCACUUAGUUAAGAACCUACUGAACCUUAUAUAAAGCAGCAUUAACUGAAUUCACAGAGCUCAGAAGAUGUCCUUUCAUUAACAACCCACUUCACCCACUUACAUAAUUUUAGUUGUGGGAAAAAACUGGGAAUAAGUAAGUAAAUAAGCAAGCAAGCAAGUAAGUAAAUAAAUAAUAGAUAGAUACUACAAGGGACCAGACUAGGGUCUGGGACUAAAAAUAAAUCCACAUUGACCAAAAAAAAAAAAAAAAAAAAAACCCAAAAAAGACCCAAGUCCUUCACCCACUUACAUCAUUUCAAUUGUGGGCUGGGAUGGGAAUAAAUAAGUAAAUAAGUAAGCAAGUUGAUACCGCUUACUGCCAUUAUAAUAUAUCUCUGAUUGUGUUCAUCAGAAAGAAGAAAGUCAUACCUAAGAUGGCUUGAGGGUGAGUAAAGCUUGGGGUAAUUUUCAUUUGAAAGUGAACUAAUCCUUUAAUCCCCUUUUUAUUGCCAAUGGGUGAACAGCUUGUUAUGAAACUUUUUUUUUUUAAAAAAGAGAACUUCCCCGACUUCCAGGUUGUCUAUGAAAGCCUGUAGAAUAGACCUAUUUUUAUGCGAAGGACGUUUUUGCCGGGAAAAUCAAAGAAUGUGAGGUUUACACGCGCUCCUGAGAGCCUAGAGCAGGGGUGGCAAACGUCGGUCCUGGAGAGCCACAGUAUUGCAGAGUUUUGCUUCAACCCUAAUCAAACACACCUGAACAAGCUAAUCAAGGUCUGAAAAGUUACUAGGAAGACGAGUUUUUAUCAGGGUUGGAUCUGAAAUCUGCAGGACUGUGCCUCUCCAGGACCGGAGUUCACCAACCCUGGCCUAGAGCUACUCUGCGGUGCGUUUCCCAAAGCGAACUAAGGUCACAAGUUCUGUCGUUACCAAUAGAGUUCAAUGGGACUUACGACCAUAGUUCAACAACGAUGCUUUCGGGAAACGCACCCCUGUACUGUAAUGUCAAAAGACUUGUUCGAGAUGCAUCCGCGCUGCGCAGACCGAUCGGCGUAUGACAUCAAAGUACCGCGAGAGCAAAUCAAAAGCAUAAGGAGUUGUAUACUCUUCAAACACUCUCGCGGUACUUUGAUGUCAUACUCUUGGUCUGCGCAGCGCCGAUGCAUCUCGAACAAGCCUAAUGUCUCAUGCAAAGUAAAGGGAUUAAUUCGAACUAUUCUCACAUAGCCAUAUAUAUAGUCUAUAGUCUCAAUUAUAUUUUAUAAUCAAACUAUCAUUAGCCUAUCAGUGUCAUUUUAAUUACCUCAUCCGUCAAUGUGAUGCCGGUGAAUUUCAGAACUUGUGUAAACAUCCAAGCUAUGAUCAGAUGCAUUCUUUCUGCUUUUUCAUCGCUGUCACUUUUGUUGUGUUUAUUUUGCUAUUGAGAGCAAAGCUCGCAGCCGUUGCAGCGUGGACUUGAUGUUCAUUAACAUUUAACAGUCUAUCACUGCAAAGGUAUUUCCAACAUCUUUUCUUCCCCCCCACAUUGUAAUCACAUUGUCUCUUGUACGUUAGGUGUGCCCAAGCGCGAGCACGCUGGCUGCAGUUCAUUUAACAGCCAACGGUAUCGCUGACAAGGAUUUCUGAUUUCCACAUAUAGCCCCUUUAAACUUCACUUUGCUAUUAACUUCAUAAAACUAAAUUGCUCUGCGGUAAAACUGAAUUGCUCUGUGGUACCUAUUAACAUGUUUACAAUGAUAGCAUGUUUACAGAACAGCACAUUUGUUUUCCUCUAUAUCAUGUUUACAUCCCUGACCUCAACUUACCAUAGUUUUUAAGCUCUGUGUUGGUGCGCAUGGCAGUGUUGGUGUCCUCAUCGUUCGGCCAACAUCAGCUCAGCCUGUAAUUAAAAUGUUUCUUUAGAGACUCGUGAAUCAAGCUAGGUUUCCUCUUGCCUGCGAGCUGCAGUUCAGGCAACUCUUGAGGCCACGCUGUUUUCUUUGGAGUGGAGAACUGUAGUUUCAGACCGAUCUGGGGGAAGUCUGGCCCAGGCUUUGGGGAGUUGGGCUGUUAGCGACUCACUCUAUGAGUAAAGGUCAUAAAAAAUAGUGACACCGGGCACCACAUCAAGGCUCUUUUGCUCUCUGCCUUUUGCUGCCUUAUUGAAUCUUUAUAAGUAAUUGGAAAUCCUUUUAUAAGAUCACAUUUAUAUGUGUUUACAUAUAUACUGAAAUCUCAUAUUGAAUUAUAAUUUCUGUGGUCAUUUUUGAAGGUUUAUGUUUGUAGUAUCUGUUACAUUGUAGGUGCCAAUAAGUGACCGUCUUUAUGAGUGAAUCAAGGAUUCAUUUACUCAACCGAUUCACUGAUUCAUUCAGAACAAAGAAUUGACUACUCUAUUAGCGAGUCAUGGAUUCAUUCACUCAGCUGAAUCAUUCAGAAACAUUGGUUUGCCUUCAUAUUUAAAUGUUCAUUGGCGAGCAAAAAUACAAAGAGUCUAAAAUAUUAAGUUACUCAGCACUGAGUUCUUGUUUAUCAAACUGUUAUAUAAAAGAAUAUACUCUUUACCAUGUGUAAUGUAUGUGAGUUGGUUUUAGAACAAAAUCAUACAGGUUUGUCAUUUGCUGUCCAAAAGCUAAUGUUUCAUGGAAAUACUGAAGUUGAACAGGUACCUCUGGUUAGUGUCUGUUAUGGAAUUUGACUCCCAUUCUGCAGUGAGCUCAUGAGGGGUUCCUGGCGAAGUUCACGUGAAGCUUUCAACAAGUGCUAUUGCACUCGUUCACCCCCUUCAUAUGUUUAAAGAAAAAGGACCUUGUGCUGGCUUGUGCUAUUUUGAACCAUUAAAAUGAAAUAAAACUUGACUUCCUUUCCAGAGCUGAAAUUAUACUUUUCCAAAAGUGGCUCCAGCAAUCUUGUAUCUGGGGUAAAUGGAUUGAGGGAUGAUUAGAGUCAGGUGUGUUACGCUCCUCAGCCAAGUUGAACCGAAAACAAACCUCUAACCGCAAGUGUUCAGCUCGCUCUUUCAUUCUCUUUCUUCCAUUUCUCCUGUUCUAUGCAGCUCGUGCUCACAGAAUUAAAAGUGUCAUUUAAAAUGUUUGGUGAUCCAAAGUUUGUUCUGCAUUGAAAUGAGUCAUUCUCUUCCUGCGUAACCGCCACCGAGUGCCAAUUACAAUGACAAAGUCUAUUAAAUAAGAUUUAGCAUGAAAAAUAUGGCUAAUGUAAGUAGAGCAUGCUGAUGUGUGUUUACUAAUUUUUCUUCAGUCACAUUUGUUAAAUUUAGUUUUUAAAACACUUCAGGCUAUUUGAAAUGGAACACGUGUGCUUACUAAUUAGCGACAAGUCUUUCACCAAAAUAUAAUACCCAAAAUGUUACUUUCCAAAUCAUUAGAGCGAUAUAUAAGAUGUCAUGCCACGUCCUGGAAACAUCUUUCCUUUCUCUGGCUCUGUAAUGGUGAUGGCGAAAGAGCUUCGGCUGAGCUAAAAUUAGCUUGUCCUCAGGCACAAGGCCUGUAUUCGCCUGGGUCCACGUUGAGAGAUGAUCUACAAAUGAACAGCAAAUAUACAUCCAACACACACAUAUUACACCUCCAAAACACACAUACACCACUGAUAAUCGAGAUCAAUCUACAUAAACAUUCAAGACUGCCAAGUAACUUUAGCAGACUGUGUGUCUAAUCGGUUAGAAAAGAAAAACACAAAGUCACCUCAUUUCUGAGUUGUAGCAUAGCUUUGUUUAUUUUUUAUUUAAUUUUAAUUUUAUUUAUUUUUUUGCAUAGGGAAACAUACUCACUUCCAGUACUGUAUUCAUGAGCGAUUUUUUUUUGCGAACAGCGAUGGCUGAAUACAAUGUUAUAAUGAAAUAUUGUUAAAGCUGUAAUUUCCCCCUCACACCAGUUCAAAAACACAUGGCAAAUUUAGUUUGUUGUGCAUGAGAAAAACAAAAAGUCUUUUCUCAUUCGUUUCAAAACCGACAUACCGACAUUUGCUGAUACAUUACAAUUUAGCGAGGUUCUUAGAGAAACAAAGACAAAUAACAAAAAUCUGAUGCUUUCCAAAAAAACAUGGAUGCAAGAACAUGUCAUCAUGCCAGUUGUGAAUGUGUCUGAACUAAAUGUCCACAUGCCCCUUCCUGGUGUGAAGUGUGUUUAUCUGUGCAGCAAGCAAGCGUUUAAUGAGUAACUACUAUGGUAAUAUUUGUAAAGAAUAAUGUGAUUAAAAAAAGAGGAAGGAAAAACCAACAAAAACCUUGAAAUUUUAACACUGCAUUAGAAUGCUCUCUGAAAAACAUUUCAACCUUCGUCCUUUCAACUCAAAGCGUCCAAACAUAGAGAAAACAGCAUGCUUAAAAACAAACAAAACAACAACGAUAGAAACAUUUGUAGAAAUUAAACCUUAAUUCAUUGAACAGAAUAAAACAAAACAAUUGUUCUAAUGGGGGAGAGGGCACCCUGAAAUAUUGAUGCGUGACUGUUUUGGGGGUCUCAAACAUUCGGGAGUAGGCGGUAUGUCAGGGUGUUUUUGGCAAUUCAUUUGUGAAAGACUUAUCAAAAUAUUGCAUAAAUUGCAAAGCCCACAAAUGGCUUUUCUCCCCUUUGAACAGAGACGUGACUAAUAGGUAUUGUUCACCCCGUUUGAGCCAUUUUAACCUUAGGGCCAGAUUUAAGAAAGCCCUUAACACGUGCUAACUUUCUUAGCAUUGUCAUACUGUACUAACCUCGAACGUUAGUUAAUGGUAAUAUGUUGCGGCACUCUGAGGUUGUGUUAUUGAGAGGCUUUGGCAAAUCUGGCCCCUUGGUUGGACAACAACGUACAAAAAGCGCUUGAUAAACCAAUCCAGGCCAACACUGCAGAGAUGAUGUCAAUGGUACAGUGAAACCCCACAGCUCACGGUUUACAAAGAAAAGAAACCAGAGCAAAGCGAUAAAUGACAGGCACUGCAUGUUAAAACUGUGUUUUUAACCCAUUUUGGUAUUUGUAUCAAUGUAUAUACCUUAGACUUCAAUUGCUGGUUUGCUAAGAGUGAAAAAGGGAGCGUAGAAAUAAUUAGCCAUACUACAAAAGUUGAGGAUGGGUCUUCAUUCAUAUUUAUCUGCUAUAGAAACAGUGUGCCACCAUCAACUCUACAGUAAAAUGUCAUCAAAGUUCAGAUUAAAACCCUCCAUCACCCCUACAGCUCAAUCAGCAACAUGAGUAUCUGAAUCAAUGAUUGAGAAGUUUGAAUUACAUACUUUAAAUGUGAUGUCAGUAAAAUCAAUGACCUCACACAGGGCUGUCCCAAGCAUGGGGCGGGGCCCAGAACGAGGUAGGGGAAGUCUGUCGCUAUUGCGUUUUGGGGGGGGGGGGGGGGUUCCGUUCGCCAUGGGGCAACCCGCACUGGUUGCACCACCCUAAGGACGCCCAUGACCUCACUUAUGCACAAAUGUACUGUCAGAAGUGACUGUUUCAGACCUGGGCAAAGAAGAAUUUUAUAAUGCUGCAUUCAUAUCAUGUCAGAAUUACCGCAAUAAUGAGUAUAUAUACUACCGUUCAAAAGUUUGGGCUUGGUAAGAAUUUUUUUUAAUGUUUUUGAAAUAAGUCUCUAUUAUAUGCUCACUAAGGCUGAAAUUUUUUUCCGAUAAAAAUGCAGUAAAAACAGUAAAAUUGUGAAAUAUUAUUACAAUUUUAAAUAACUGUUUUCUAUUUUAUUAUAGUUUAAAAUGUAAUUUAUUUAUGUGAUGGUAAAGCUGAUUUUUUUUUGUGUGUGGAAACUGUGAUACAUUCUUUGAUGUAUAGAAAGUUCAAAAGAACAGCAUUUAAUUGUAAAUAAAAAUCUUAAAAAUAAAAUUAUAAAAUGUCACUUUUGAUCAUUUUAAUGCAUCUUUACUGAAUAAAAGUAUUAAUUUCUUGAAAAUAUUCUUACUGAUCCCAAACAUUUGAACAAGUGUGUGUAUGUAUGUAUAUAUAUAUAUAUAUAUAUAUAUAUAGAAAUAGAUAUAUAUAUAUAGAGGCGGGUUAAUGUAGUGAUUAAGUAUUUUGUGAACUCACAUUGAAAUCUCUUUAUGCUAAUUCUGACCAGAGGUAAACGCAGCAUUAGUUUCACUGUACUACUGAGUACUAUAAUAGUAGGUUUAGCCUAGCUUGGAAGGCUUUACACACAUUGAAACUGUCCUUAAUAUUAGCAAGGACUUUCAGCACAAAGAUUUCAGUAAAGCCAGGAUUAGUUGCAUAGAUGCUGUACAAUUUCCAGAUCAUUAAAAAACCUUUAGUGUAUUACUACUAGUUUGAUUUCAAACCAAGCAGCUGGAUUGAGCUGUUAUUAUGGGAUCCAAUUCAGUGCAGACAGACAUAACUGCACAUCAUCCAUUUCAGAUUCACCAGUCGCUACCAGUAAGAAGCAUGUCACGUAUCAAUUCAUCAGCUGACAAGAACUAUGACAUGCAUCCUGCCAAGUGUCACAACAUUGAAAAUGUAAGGAAGGAAAGAGUAGAAACUGCAUUUCAAUGCCUCAGCCCUGAAGAGGUUGUCCAGCCCUUACUGAGAGGAGACAAAACAAAGAUCUGACCACACGUUCACGUUUCUAUCUACCUCGACCGUGCGAAGUUCAUGGUAUUGCAAGGUUUACAUUACACGAACCGCAAAAGGAAACGGCGAGUGAAACACUCAUACAUGUCUAAUUCUCUCACGUAUGCCUGAGUAGGGUCUCCUCACAUCCUGUUUAUGUCCGUGGGUGAACAGGGAAAUUGGACUUGGGAAAUUUACAUUCUAUUCAGCAUAAUUACAUGUGUCAAUGACUAAUUAAAGUGCCUGGACCUCGAAUUAAACAAUCUUUUCAGUGAUGCACAUUCCAGGCAUGAGUAGGUUGAUCUUACAAAAACAGGGGAAGAUCACACAGCGUAAACCCACAUCCAACGGCUCUAGGCUGAAUCCAGGAAGGCACUCAGAAGAGUGAGGUCUAAAAUCCUGCUAGUUAUGCUAGUCUGUACACGCAUGCUCCAGAAAACUAUCAAUGGGCUGAAGUAAGCCAUGCCACUGAUUGUCCACAGGUGGUUUAAGAAACUGCUUUGGAAAAAAAAAAAAUAAAUAAAUAAAAA